AUGAGUUCUCUAAGGAUGUUAAGAGUAUCAGCAUUACCAGGCCUGAAAGAGCUUCCGGUAUCAAUUGGAAAACUUGGGCAGCUGGAAUUUCUAGACAUUUCACUGUGCGAGGGCUUGGAAAAACUUCCUGAUGAAAUAGGUGAGCUCAAGAAGUUGAAAGAGUUUGACAUGAGAGAGUGUUAUCAUUUAAGGGAGUUGCCAGAUAGUGUUUGUGGAUUAAGCUCCCUCAAACAUGUUAUCUGCAAUGAGAAUAUUGGGGUCAAGUGGUUACGAGCUAAAGCCUCUUAUAUCCCUGAUCUCAGAGUUGAAAUUGUGGAACCAAAAUUCAUUUUUCUGACCCUAACGUUUUAG